CAGCGCUGCCGGGCGGAGGAGAGCGGGCGGGCCUGCGGCGGCGGCGGCGGCUGCUCGGGAGCGGGUGGCGGCGCGACAGGAGAGCCGAUGGCCAAGUGGGGCGAGGGCGACCCACGCUGGAUCGUGGAGGAGCGGGCGGACGCCACCAACGUCAACAACUGGCACUGGACAGAGAGAGAUGCCUCCAACUGGUCCACCGAGAAGCUGAAGACGCUGUUCCUGGCGGUGCGGGUGCAGAAUGAGGAGGGCAAGUGCGAGGUGACGGAGGUGAACAAGCUCGACGGAGAGGCGUCGAUUAACAACCGCAAGGGCAAGCUCAUCUUCUUUUACGAGUGGAGCGUUAAGCUCAACUGGACCGGUACUUCGAAGACCGGAGUACAGUACAAGGGACAUGUGGAGAUCCCCAACUUAUCUGACGAGAACAGCGUCGACGAAGUGGAGAUCAGUGUGAGCCUUGCCAAGGAUGAGCCUGACACGACCCUUGUGGCAUUAAUGAAGGAAGAAGGGGUGAAACUUCUGAGAGAAGCAGUGGGCAUUUACAUCAGCACCCUGAAAACAGAGUUCACGCAGGGCAUGAUCUUGCCCACAGUGAAUGGAGAGACAGUAGAGCCAGCUGUGCAGCCAGCACUGAAAACUGAGGAGCGCAAGGCCGUGUCUGCUCCUUCAAAGGCCCAAGCCAAAUCUGUUGGUGUCAAAAUCCCCACGUGUAAGAUCAGCCUGAAGGAGACCUUCCUGACCUCACCAGAAGAGCUGUAUCGGGUACUCACCACCCAAGAGCUGGUCCAGGCCUUCACCCACGCCCCCGCCGUAUUGGAAGCAGACAAGGGCGGGAAGUUCCACCUCGUGGACGGCAAUGUCUCCGGGGAGUUCACGGAUCUGGCCCCUGAGAAACACAUCGUGAUGAAGUGGAGGUUUAAGACCUGGCCGGAAGGGCACUUCGCCACCAUCACCCUGACCUUCGCUGACAAGAACGGAGAGACAGAGCUGUGCAUGGAAGGCCGCGGCAUCCCUGCACCCGAGGAGGAGCGGACACGGCAGGGCUGGCAGCGGUACUACUUUGAGGGCAUCAAGCAGACCUUCGGCUAUGGCGCGCGCUUGUUCUAGGGCAAGGGGGUAGUGCAGGGCCUCUCCCCUCCGGCCCCCUCCCCAGCUGAGGAUCCGGCUCACAGGAUCGCACCAUCGACCUAUAGAUAAGGGGGCUGGAGCCCGGGCUCCCUCCCUCCACAUAUACCUUGGGUUUGUGCAUGUUUGGGCUGGGUGGGAACUAAGGGUGGUUUCUCUCUUGUAUGUACAUACGCUUAAUAAAGAUAAUUUUUAAAAUGCA